ACGAGUUUGCACGUGAAUUUGUCCCAUAGGCUGGCUCUCUGUCUCUGGUCUCUGGCGUCUUCUCUCACUCAGAGUGUGUUUACUAUUAUUAUUAUUAUUAUUAUGUGUGCGCUGUGCGGCGAUCUGAAUUUCAAUCUCAAUCGCAAGUCGAAGUUAAAUCUGAUCUGAGAAAUCGACAAAACACAAUACAACAUCAAAAAAAUAAAUCAAAUUAAAUGCGAAAUUUUAAACAAAUGUAUUUACACUAAAUAAAUAAAUGCAAGCAAUAUUUGUGCAAAGUGCCAAGUGACCAAGUGCAACAAACAACAACAACUUCAACUACAAACAACAACAACAACUACACCAACAACAGCGAUCACAUCAACGAUAAUCACAACGUUUAAAUCGUCAGAUAGAAAGAAAAAAAAAACUGCGAAAAAAUUUACAAAAAAGUAACGAAAAUCUCGUGCAAGUUUUUUCGUCGUUGCGCCGUCGGUGACGAAACUUGUUGAGUGUGACCGUGAACCGUGUUGUGAACAGAGUGUGUUUGCGCUGAGUGUGACCGUGUUUGGCGAGUCCCCUCCGCAGCAGCAGCAGCAGAAGCAGCAGCAAGAUUUUCGUCGCCGCCACGUUGCCAGUAAAAGACUUCAAAACGGUUGCCUCACGGUUCGAGUGGAAUGAGCAUAGGGACUCAGGUCUUCCUUUCGAUCGAUCGGUCUACAAAGUCGUUAAACUGAGCCCCAACUUGGAGCCCUACCCCGCCAGCGUGGAGGGCCUCAACAGCCCCAGAGCGGUGGGGAUGGCCGCUACCUCCUACAUGACGCCGCCCAGCGGUGAUCUCGACAUGGCACUCGGCGGUGGAGGCGGUGGCUAUCACACCUCCUCGCCCCGCUCUGCUGCCGAUGCCGGCGAAAUGAAGUACAUGCAGCAUCAUCACCAUCAUCAUGCUGCCGCCGUGGCAGCCGCUGCCUCGGCCUCACACCAUCAGCAACAGUUGCCCUCAUCACCAUCGCCCAAUGGUCAGGUUCAGGGUGGCGGACAGGGCAACAGCUUGGGCGGACUGACGCCCGGCUCGGGGCUGGGCAGCUGGAGCGCAUUGCAUCCGGAUCCGUGGUCACUGCAGACACAUCAUACGACGCAUCAUCAUCCCGCCGCCGCUGCCGCUGCUGCCGUCGAUUCGGUGAAGCAGGAGAUGUCGCAUCUGACGCAACAGACACGCAUACAACAGGGCAUGGCAUCGCCACAUGCCGCUGCCGCAGCGGCGUGGCAUGCCCCACAUGCCGGACACUAUGCGCCCACGGGCGGCUCACCGUUGCAGUAUCAUCAUGCCGCCAUGAAUGGCAUGCUGCAUCAUCAUCCGGCGCAUCAUGCCGCUCAGGUGGCGCCACUGCAUCAUGCGUUGCGCGGCGAAUCGCCGCAGUUGCACAUACACGCCCAUCACAUGGGCGGCGGCGGUGGUGGCGGUGAUCGCGAUACGAUCAGCGGCGGUGAGGAGGACACGCCCACAUCCGAUGACCUCGAGGCCUUUGCCAAGCAGUUCAAACAGCGUCGCAUCAAGCUCGGUUUCACCCAGGCCGAUGUCGGUCUCGCUCUGGGCACACUCUAUGGCAAUGUGUUCUCACAGACGACGAUCUGUCGCUUUGAGGCACUCCAGCUGAGCUUCAAGAACAUGUGCAAGCUGAAGCCGCUGCUGCAAAAGUGGCUCGAGGAAGCGGACUCGACAACGGGAUCGCCGACGAGCAUCGAUAAGAUUGCGGCCCAGGGACGUAAGCGCAAGAAACGCACCAGCAUCGAGGUGAGCGUGAAGGGUGCCCUCGAGCAGCAUUUCCACAAGCAGCCAAAACCCUCAGCCCAGGAGAUCACAUCGCUGGCGGACUCGCUCCAACUGGAGAAGGAAGUGGUCCGUGUUUGGUUCUGCAAUCGCCGGCAAAAGGAGAAACGCAUGACGCCGCCAAAUACACUGGGUGGCGAUAUGAUGGAUGGCAUGCCACCGGGGCAUAUGGGACAUCAUGGUGGCUAUCACACGCAUCACGAUAUGCACGGCAGUCCGAUGGGCAACCAUUCGCAUUCGCAUAGUCCGCCGAUGCUGAGUCCCCAGAAUAUGCAGUCGGCUCAUCAGUUGGCGGCUCACUAGCAAUCAGAAAUCCAGGAGUCGAACUCAGCUGCAGCUGCGUCCACUCCUGCCAACAACAACAAUAGUCUGCAACACCAGCAACAGCAACAGCAGCAGCAGCAACAUCAGCAGCAGCAACAUACACAGCAACAACAUGCGCCCAAUACGCCAUCGUCGAGUGCGGGUUCGUCGGUGACGAUGACCAGCCAGGGGCAGGUGAUGUCGCCUCAGAGUCCGCUGGGCAGCGCGUCCAAUGCUGGCCAGACUAACAACAACAACAACAACAAUAGUACGAAUAACAACAACAAUAACAACAACAACAACAGUAGCAGCACAGAGGAACAGGUGAAGCAACAACAACAGCAACAAGCUUCAAGCAUUGCAGCCGCUGCAGCAGCCGCAAUGUAUAUGGAUCCGAUGCGGUAUCAACAUGCCGCCGCCGCACAUCAUGCACACCAUCCGCACCAGCAUCCGCAUCUGAAUCCCGCGCAUCAUCCGCAUCUCUUUCACACCAGCGAGCAACUGCACAAUCCCCACGCCCAGCACCAACAGCAACAGCAACAGCAGCAGCAGCAACAACAGCAGCAGCAACAACAGCAAUCGGCGGCCAGCAACAGCUCACAGUUGUCGCCGGGCGCAGGCAGCAACAGCGGUCUGGCGUUGCAACCUCCCGGGGCAGUGUCACCCGGCUCUGCCUCAAGCGUGCUUGGCGGGCAUUUGAAUCUGAAUGCUCAUUCGGCGGCAGCGUUGCAUCAGCAUCAUCACUAUCAGCAUCACCAUCAUCACCAGCAGCAUCAUCACCAUCAGCAGCAGCAACAGUUGCAGGCUCGCCGGCUGUUCGAGUUGAGUUUGCAGUUCGGCGCCGCCGCUGCCCCGGGUGCAGUGCGUCACUUCAAUAGCUUUGGCGGCGGCGGUGGCGCUGCCGGUGAAUAGCAUUCGUCGGCCGCCUGGUUUGGCUACGAGUCCUCCUAGGAGGAUCCGGUAAUGCCCAUCAGGUGGCCGCCGCCCGGAUUGAUUGAUUGAUCGAUCGAUCAGUUCAACCAGUGCAUUAAUCUGUGUUACAACUUCAACAAAACAAAAAAAAUGAAAACUAAGUUAAGGCAGUCGAUGAUCGUUGGUGAAUCAAGUGGAUAAAAUGUGCAUCAUCUGUGGAUCAGAUCAAGAUAUAGUUUACUUUUUAUUUCUCCCACUAUUUUACCCCCCCAUUUUCUUUUCCAUUUUGUUUUAAACGUUAAAGUUUCAAAAACUUUGUAAACAAUCUUAAAUCUUAAAAAAAAAAAACACGCAAUUCAAAUCAAACGUGAAACCAAGUGAUGUUGUUUUUAAAUCUAAAUUAAAUCGUAAA